UCACAGAACCCCAGCUUUAAAGCAAGUGGGCCAUGUGGGCCUCAUUUAUUUUUAAAAGAAACUUCUGAGAAGAGCUUAGAACAAUUUUUUUCCCCUGAGUGCCAUUUCCAAAGGUACUCACGAAACAAUAAGGUGUGACUGUAAUGGCUGCACUGAGUUGUCUCUUGGACAGUGUUAGAAGGGACAUAAAGAAGGUGGACCGGGAGCUGAGGCAGCUGCGAUGCAUUGACGAGUGCACGCGGUGUCUGUGCGACUUGUACAUGCACCCCUACUGUUGCUGCGACCUGCACCCGUACCCCUACUGCCUCUGCUACUCCAAGCGGGCGCGCUCCUGUGGCCUCUGUGAUCUCUACCCGUGCUGCCUGUGUGAUGUCAAGCUCUAUUGCCUGCGACCAUCGCUCAGAAGUUUGGAGAGGAAAGCCAUUAGAGCCAUAGAGGACGAAAAGAGAGAGCUGGCCAAACUAAGAAGAACGACAAAUAGAAUCCUGGCCUCCUCUUGUUGUAGCAGUAACAUUUUAGGAUCAGUAAACGUGUGCGGCUUUGAGCCAGAUCAAGUCAAAGUUCGGGUGAAGGACGGCAAGGUGUGCGUGUCGGCCGAGCGGGAGAACAGGUACGACUGCCUCGGCUCCAAGAAGUACAGCUACAUGAACAUCUGCAAGGAGUUCAGCCUGCCGCCGUGCGUGGACGAGAAGGACGUGACGUACUCCUACGGGCUGGGCAGCUGCGUCAAGAUCGAGUCUCCAUGCUACCCCUGCACGUCUCCCUGCAACCCCUGCAACCCCUGCAGCCCCUGCAGCCCCUGCAGCCCCUGCAACCCCUGCGACCCCUGCAGCCCGUGCUAUCCCUGCGGGAGCCGAUUUUCCUGUAGAAAGAUGAUUUUGUAACGCGUAGGAGCCCAUAACUUAGCGCAAAGCCCGUACUCCAGCCAGGCAGCUCUUCCAGUGUUUCUCUUCCUCUUCCCACGGCCCGUGGUACUCAAGUCCCUAGGAAACUGAAUACAUAACUGCAA